GGUUCCCCUGCCGUUGUUCAGAAUGGACCGAACAUCUACAUUGCCUUCCAGUUGAAAUUUCUGAGUAGAAUUACACAGCAGAAGCUCCUGUUUGCUUUUGGGACGGCCACGCCAGUUAAUGACCGAUUAACAAAACAUCAGGAUAAGAUAUCGGUUUCCUUCGAUUUCUCAUCGAGGACUUUCUCUGCUUCUUCCUACCCAUACCAGCUGAAGAGGACACAUGGCAUACUGAACAUAAUUGGUUGGGGUGUGAUAUUGCCAAUUGGGGCAAUAGUGGCAAGAUAUUUUAGAACCAGCGAUCCAUUGUGGUUCUAUCUUCACUCAGCAGUUCAGUUUAUUGGAUUCAUCCUUGGGCUAGCUGGGGUGGUUGCCGGAGUUGCACUUUAUCAUAAAUUGCAUGCGAGUGUCUCAUCACACAGGGCCCUUGGCAUUGUCAUUCUUGUGCUUGGCAUCCUUCAGGUAUGGAAAGAGUUUGUUUUCUUUAGAAUAAGUUUAUCUUGAACCAUAAUGUUCUAGUUACAUUUUUUUAUUUUUGAAUUUGACUCCAAGAUUGAAUAUUGCUUGAAAAUUGGAUUUAUUUUUAUAUGAUUGAGCACAAAUUAAGGCUUCGUUUGGGAUGACUUUCUUAUUGCUUCUUAGAGCCGCUUUUUAGUUAAAAAAUUUAAAUUUUUGUACUAGGAAGCUACUU